AUGAUCCUCCUUUGGUCUCGACCACUUACGGAACAGUAAUGGAGCUACGAUGUGUCCUAGCUGUGAUCAGGCAUGGCGACCGGACGCCGAAGCAAAAGUUAAAAAUGGAAGUUCGCCACCCGAAAUUUUUCGAGUUGUUUCAAAAAUACGACGGCUUCAAAUUUGGCGAGCUAAAGUUGAAACGUCCUCAACAGCUGCAAGAGAUUUUGGACAUUGUGAGGUACCUGUUGAAUGAAAUAAAACAAGGAACACCCGAUGGACAGAACAAGAUAAGCGAACAGCAAGGCAAAUUGAUGCAGGUGAAAAUGGUGUUAGAGAUGUACGCAGAAUGCUACUACUGUCGUGUACUGUACGGAUUUUUUUCCGGCAUCAAUAGGAAGGUGCAGCUGAAGUAUCAGCCGCAUGGACCGAGAAAGAAGUCAUCGGAAACGGAAAGCGACGCUUAUAAGGAACCGUGUUUCUUGUUAAUUCUUAAAUGGGGCGGCGAGCUAACGAAUGCCGGCGAAAUGCAGGCGGAAGAACUUGGCAAAGCUUUUCGUUGUCUUUAUCCUGGUGGUCAAGGUCAGUACGGCAAUGAUAGUCGCGGGCUGGGAUUCUUGCGUCUGCACAGCACGUACCGACAUGACCUGAAAAUCUAUGCAUCAGAAGAGGGCCGCGUGCAGAUGACCGCUGCCGCUUUCGCAAAGGGCAUGCUAGCGUUGGAGGGACAGCUUCCGCCGAUAAUCGUGCAGAUGGUAAAAUCGGCGAAUACUGAUGGCCUGCUUGACGACGACAACGAUGCAAGACAGUAUCAGAGGUCGGUUAAGGUAUUUCUGCACUCAUAUUUGCAACAGGACCGUUGUCUCACCGAAGAGGAUUUCUUGAGACUGAAUCCGACCAGAUCGAUCUUUAUUGAAAAUGCGUUGCGUUUUAUCGAAAAUCCCCGACGAAUGUGCGUCAGGAUUUACGAAAUGAUAAUCAAGAUGUACGAAAACGUGAAGAGGCUUAAGAAUAUGGGUACAGGUGACCGGCUUUACAUGGGUGAGACAUGGGACCUUGCUGAGCGUCGAUGGGGAAAACUGGUCAAAGAUUUUCGGCAUGUCAAACGAAGCGGUGAGGUGGUGUUCGAUAUCUCUAAAAUUCCCGACAUCUACGAUUGCAUAAAGUACGAUCUGCAGCACAACGCCAGAAUGUUGAACUUGGAUAAUGACUCCGAACUGAACGAAGAUCUGUAUAUCUGUUCUAAGCACAUGGCUGACAUCGUCGUUCCUCAGGAGUACGGAAUCACUACACAGGAGAAAAUCAUGAUUGGACAAGGCAUAUGUACUCCGUUAAUCAAGAAGCUGCGCAGCGAUUUGAAACGGUGUAUCGAAGGAACGGCUGAAGAAGAAAACCUCACUAGACUGGAUCCACGGGCAUCAACUGACAUCGCUACUCCUUAUCGGCACGUAAGGACACGGCUUUACUUUACGAGCGAGAGUCACAUCCACUCGCUAAUGAAUCUGCUUCGAUACGGAGGCUUGGUGACGGCGCUGGAUAAGCAGUGGGAACGUGCUAUGACUUUCCUGUCGUCGGUGACCGAGUUCAACUACAUGGCGCAGUUGGUGCUGAUGCUUUACGAGGACACUACGAAAGACGUAGAGUCUGAUGAGCGCUUUCAUGUUGAACUACACUUUUCCCCUGGCGCAUUGCCUUGUAUUCAAACAACGCACGUUGCUGGUCUCGGAUACCGGUAAGG